UUUGGCGUUUCGUACGCGCUCGGAACUCCUCAGACACGGUGGGAAACUCGCACCUGGCGCAAAGUUUUCAAACACUUUUCGGGCGACGGGAAAGCCUAUUCGAUUCGCUUUUCGGCACCCGGGGGUUUGGGAGAGUGCGGUUCGUCUCCGGGCGGGAAAGUGGACCGCAAUGUUUUGAGUUUUCGACGCAUCGCAUUUCGUAAGUUGAUGGCCGUUGUUGUCGUUUUGUUUUUCGUAUUUGUGUCGAGUGGCGUUGACUUUUAAGAAGGAGGGCACGGAGAUUUUAAAAUACCGAGAGUAACGAACCGUUUUUCACUUCGCUCCAGAGAAAAAUAUCCAGCGAAUCUUCUGGAAUGCUUGCCUGACAAAAUCACUGCAGCCAGGGUAAGGGAUUUCCGCAAAGGGUGACCUCUCCUGUCAAAAGAAGAAGAUAUUCGCGAAGCUAGGUUUUUUCGGGAGGCAAUCACGUGCUCGGGGGCACAUGUGCGCGGGCUUCGCAGACCCGCCGGUUCCCCGCUGGGGAAAUGCGUGAGCUAGACUGCCCCCAGCUGAGGAAAUUUGUCCAGAGGCACGACCCCCACCUUCAUGUGCACCAUCUGCCUCACUCUGACGAGCUGGAGAAGAGGAUUCCUCUCACAGCGCAGACGACCUACUGCGCAGAGCUGGAGGAGCUCCAAGAAUUGCUCCACUUUCCUGAGGAAGUCGCCCUACGAUUGGCCGAUACCGAAUACCAACUGUUCUACCAGGUUCCCCCAAUUGACUACUUACGGCAGGUGACGGCAGAUCUAGGCGGCAACACCGGCACCACCGAAGGAAACCUACCCGGCAACACCGCCUCAACUUCAAGGUCAUCGGUCGCAACACUAAUAAAGCGCUUCAACGAGGUUAGCGCUUGGGUUACGCAGCUGAUAAUAUCCCAACCGACCCACGAUGCCAGACGGGCGGUAUUGUCCUGCGUUUUGCGGGUCGCUUUGUCUUCGUGGAACAUUGGAAAUUUCAAUGGAGCGAUGGAAAUCAUCGCCGGGCUUAAAUCGAACAAGCUCAAGCCGUUCUGGCUGUCCAUCACCGAAAAGGACACCCUGCCGGUCCUCAACUUCCUGUCCGCCGCGUUGCUUUCCGUCGAAUACGAACGAGCCCUCAGCAGGGCCCUCGCCAUGGCCGAGUGUCCUGUCGUGCCGUUUUUUGGGGCGUUCCUGCGGGAACUGCGAGAAAUCCUGGCCACCAGGAUGCCCGGCGAAGGGAUGCCGGGACAGCCGCUGGGCAAACCGCCGAAAGGCGGCCGAUCGGAUCAGGGGGCGGCUCAGCAGAGACAAGUGUUCAUAUCGGAUUACAACGGCGAAGAUCAUCGCUUCACGAAAAUAGGACCCGGAGGCCUUAUAAACAUAGAACAGAUGUACAAAACACAGGCUGUCAUGGACCAUAUCUCCUUGUGCCACCAACAUUAUCAUACCAGAAAUCGUCUCUCGCCCACCGUCAGACUCAUAGAUUAUCUCAAAUCUUCUGCAAUUAGCGAACCUCGAGUCUUAGCCGCCGCCCCUCCCCUCAAAAACGAACUGGACACUGAGUACGAAAUCGACGUGGACGACUACCACCCGGUUCAACCACUAGUGCACGACCACGGGGUCAGUUUCGUUUGUCUUUCAUCGUCGCACACGAAAGUCGAUCAACAUGUCAUGCAGAUUUUACAUCACGGUAGUACGGUGGUUCUUUGGGAAGGGCAGGAAAACCAAACCCAAGGGGCGAGCAAAGGUGCCUUCUUGUAUUUGCGUCUGGACAGGUCCUCCACAGUACUGACAUGGGUACGACCUAGUUGGUCGGCCCUAAAAUCCGGUAAUUCCAACGAUUGCGACCCGUUCUCGCAGGACUUCAAUCUGUCCUUUAACCCGGAAGAUACGCUCGCCGCAGGACAGCUGACGAAGCUGGCGCUUCAAAGUACUGGCGAGCAAACUGCCGGUACUACCUUGGACGACGGUUUUCUGGACUUGACGUGUAUCAAAGAGGUGCAUCUGGGCGGCAGGGACGUCGAAAGGGAGGCGGAACUGGCGGCGGCGGCCCGCAGAUACGGACUCACACACGAAUCGGGGAACGAAUGCGCUCUGACUAUACUCUACGGUACAGGUCUGAGCGACAACAGACUGCUUUACGUCGUCUGUCCCCCAGCCGAAUGCAGAGUAUGGUACAGCGGUCUCUACUGGUUAAUCCGUGGACUAUCUAGGCUUAAUUCUCUCUGUGAUAAACGACUGUUAUGGUUAAGGGAACAAUAUUUACAACUAUACCACGAGGACGGUUACUGCUGCGGACCGUUAGCUGCCGACGCCAUCAGGUCAUUCGGGGGCAGAGACUGGUCGCUGGCCGGUACCAAACCCGGAAGCAACCAAUCCGGGGAGACUUCCGGAGCGUUGCGACGUGAAGUGUCGAUGAAGAUUAAGAAAAAACAGAUACUGAGCAACCAAACCUUUAAGGAUCGUAGCCUGAAGCAGCAGUUCGUGGAGCCUGCCACCAUGUGCAUGGAGAGCAGCUAUUGGCGCAACCCGACCCACCACCGCCAAUCGACCCCCACCACCUUCCCGGAAUUCCAACCGGACGUAGCCAGACACCAUAGUCUCGGACAGUUGGCUUACACGUCGUCGUCUCAGCCGAAAUUCGACAGGGACCGGCACGGAUCCACCGAGCACUUGUGGCACGGACGGCAUCCGAGAGUGGGCUCGAUCUUAUACGAUACUCAACUUGACUUCGUCGACUUCGUCACCCUGUUUCGUUCCUUUAGUUUACUCAUCCGCAAAGAUCUCAGAGAUUUGUUCGAACAAUUAGCGAUAUCGUACAGGAGCAUGACCGUGAACGCUAGUAAAAUUAACGGAGUCAAGGCGAAAAGUGGCGAUAACGCGCGGAAAGCGACGAAAUUAGGUCUUUUAACGAGAAACACUAGACCGGAACUGGAGGGCACCGUGGUGAACACCCAGAAAAAAGUGUUCGACGCUAUAGCCGCGGCCAGCAUUUUCACGAACUGCGCUGGGAUCGACACUAACAACUCCCAAGUGAUAACGCUGUCCACGUUUGCGAAAUUUUUGGAAACGAGACAGAUGGAAUCGAAAACCGAGGAAGAAGUGAAGGCCCUGAUAAAUAGACACGAACCGGAUGCAUCGCUUAGAGUCCAACACUGCUUAUCGUUCGAGGGUUUUGCCAGGUAUCUAAUGGACAAGGAAAAUUUUGCCUUCAUUCCCGAAUGCGAGGUGCCGAAAGAACAGGAAAUGAACAGGCCGCUUUCCACCUACUACAUCGCCUCGUCCCAUAACACUUACCUCACCGGGCAUCAGCUGAAGGGCGAGUCUUCGGUAGAGUUAUACAGUCAGGUUUUACUGACCGGAUGCAGGUGCGUUGAGCUCGACUGCUGGGACGGUGAGGACGGCUACCCCAUGAUAUACCACGGUCACACCUUCACCACCAAGAUACCCUUUACGUCAGUGGUCGAGACGAUCUGCAAGAACGCCUUCGUGACGUCCCCGUAUCCGAUCAUCCUUUCGAUAGAGAACCACUGUUCUUUGCAGCAACAAACGAGGAUGGCUCACAUAUUUCAAAAAGUGUUCGGCGAGAAACUCGUGUCGAGUUUCCUCUUCGAGUCGGAUUUCGGCGAGGAACCUUGUCUGCCGUCACCGUCACAACUCAAACACAAAAUCCUGAUUAAGAACAAAAAACUGACGGUCGACGUGCCGCCGCCGCUGAGCGUGUCCGCAAUGUCAACUCCGGUACGGCCCGGAAGCGGAAUGCGUCACUCCGUGCCCGGACGCACGAGCUCGAUCAUCAGCAACGCGAGUUCGAGCUCGUUCAAUGACGAUUUCAGCGACGAUGACUACGACGACGAGGACGACGAGGACAACAUAGACGACAAAACGAUGCACUCAGUUUUGGCGCCCAACGAAUCGCCCAGGCCCUACGGGGUGUCUCACGCCGUAUCCAAAACCAGUUCGACUAAGAGGGGCGUUCCCGACGACAAGCUCCGGAAAAAAGGCAGCCAAAUUUCGAAGGAGCUCUCGGACCUGGUGGUUUACGUGCAAGCCAUCAAAUUUCGCGGAUUGAACACCAUCUCCCCCAGCAGUUCCGUCAAACAGAGACCUAGGACCUGCGUGUCGAUAUCCGGGAGUUCGAUCGUAACGACAGGAAGUAGUUCGGCGUCGAACAUAUCCAGUUCGGGAAUCGGGAGCGAAUCGGAUAGCGUUUAUGAAUCGGAGAUGAAACAAAGGCCAAACGUCAAUCUUCCGUGCUACCAGUGCUCCUCCAUUAACGAAAACACGGCGAAGAAGCUGUGCCGCAAACAAGCCCUAGCUUUGGUCGCUCACACUCAGACCCAGCUGAUGAGGACUUAUCCGGCUCCCAUGAGGAUCGACUCGAGCAACUUCAACCCCGUCAUAUUUUGGUCGUUCGGUAUCCAGAUGUCAGCACUGAAUUAUCAGACGGACGACACUGCCAUGCAGCUCAACAACGCCCUGUUCGAGACCAACGGCAGAUGCGGCUACGUCAACAAGCCGAGGGUGAUGUGGGACAAGACUCACGUGAUGUACCGGAGGUUCAACCCGUGGGACAAGCAGUUUGACGGCAUCCAUUCGUCGCAGUUCGUCAUCAGCGUCGUCUCGGGGCAGUACGUGUCCGAGAGGAACGUCAACUUGAGCACGUACGUGGAGGUCGAGAUCAUCGGCAUCCAAGUCGAUUGCAACAAACAGAAAACCAAAGUGGUACAAAAGAACGCACUGAAUCCGAUCUGGAACGAGACGUUCCACUUCAGGAUAAUGUUCCAAGACUUGGCGUUCUUGAGGCUCGCGGUGUUUGACUCAACCAAUAACCACCUGCUCGGCCAAAGAAUCGUCCCGUUGAAAUGCCUCCGGCCAGGCUACCGGCACCUCAGACUCAAAAAUCCGCAGAAUCGCUACCUGAACAUGUCCACUCUGUUCGUUUACUCCAGGAUCGAGGAGGAGAGUUUGGAGAACGAAACCAGGGAGGAACCGGCUCCGAUCGAGACCGACUUUAAGGAGGUCGACAGCGGUUACGUCGGCACUCCGAUAUGCGUGAAACGGAAGAUGUUCUUUCUGAUGGUGUACGGUGUGUUGCCCGACGAACCGUCCACGAUCCUGAAAAUUACGCAAGAAUCGACAACGCAGGACGUGAUACUGCUUUGCCUGCAAAAGGCCGGCAAGCCAGUCGAGAAGGUCAACGAUUACAUCCUGGUCGAAGAGGUAGCAAGGGGGUGGGAGAAGAAAGACCACAGUUUGCCGGCGACGCAGCGCAUCCUCGACCUUCACGAACGCCCCCUACAAGCGCAGUCGCAGUGGAAAGGAGAGGGGAGGUUCAUCUUGAAGCGAAUGGGCGACGAUCCGAGUAGCAGGGCGUGGUUAUCGUCGAUCAGGAGCGUCGCCAAUAGGGAGAGGGAAGCCAGAAAGUCCGACGGAGCUCCCAGUAACGCGUGGGAGGAGAACGAUACCUUUUUAGUGUGCAUAUACAACGUUUCGCCCGAAAUCCCCUACGCGAUUCUCAAGGUCCCUUUGAACGCCUGCGCACAAGAUGUUCUCGCUCAGGCGCUGCUCAAGGCGCGCAGGCUCGAAGAUCCGAUGAAUUUCGUCAUCGUCGAAGAGUUGGAGUGGGGGGGUACCAAUCACAACAUCCAGCAGCGCGCGCUCGCCGAUUACGAGAACGUGUACAGCGCGCAGUCCCAUUGGCAGACUAUCGGAAGAUUCAUUUUGCAGGAGAGAGCGAACAUCACGCCGACAUCUUUGCGGAAAAACAAAAUCACGGCAAGCCUACGUUUGGCAACGUUGGACCGCAUCAGUCGGAGCCUCAGCGUCGCGCGCAACGUUGCCACGAACAGCAUAAAAAUGCCCGUUCAGGUAAAUACGGUGGCUCUGAGCGAUCCGACGACGUCGAAGCACGGGUCCAGAAACCGCCAAAUGGCACGCGGGAAAGUCCACUCGGAAAAGGAGGUCGCGGGUUCGGCUUGCCUCCCAUCGAAAAAACAGGAUCCCCAACGCGAGGUCCAUUCAGAAGGGGAAACUUUGUCCGACGACGACAUCCUCACGACGGUCGCGAGGUUAAAAAAGGCCUCGAUAAGGAAGUUUAAGGAGUGGAAGUCCUGACUAAGCGACUAGGCCAGCGUUUGGCUGCGCGGAUUCGCUUUUCGACCGACCGACGACGUCUAAUGGCCGGCCAAAUCGUUGUCGCGGCGCUAAAGGUAUACACAUACGUCUUUCGAAGAAAAAAACAAAAUGGCGUUUUUUUUAUCAAGCAUUUAACAUAUUAAGGCACGAGUGAUUUGAAGAUUGCGAAAGUUAGAUAAUUUUUAUUAAGAAGCGUUGACGUUUUAAAGAUAUAAAAGGCAAUAUCUAGAAUAAAUGUAAAAUUAUGGCGUAUCGCUACUAUAUACAUAUAUAUAGACCUUUUCAUUAUUGUAAAUUAUGAGAUUUUUGAACGUGUUCCAUGUCGAUUUUAACUAGAAAAAUCUGUCGAAUGCGCGCCACUGGUGAUAAAUUCAAUCGCGCAUGUCAAACGAAAUCCUCGGCAUGCCAGCAGGGAUGUUUCAUUUGAGGUUAUGUCGGUUGGGUCAAUUGUUGUGGGAAAAAAAUGGUUUCCUAUUAAUUUAAUUUUUGUUUGUCGUCACGAAGGUCUUCCUUCCGUGUAAUUCAAAUGAAUUAACUCAUUACAUUGGCGUCUUCGAAGGUUAUCUAAUUGAUUCUUACAGGUAAAAUCAUGGUACGCCAUAGACGUUUGGAUAUUUCAUUUCUUUUACAUCAAGCGAUGAAAGUUUUUUUUGUCCUUUUACUUUUUUGUGCUUACAGAAUUGAAAUUCUUUUAAAGAACAAAUAGGGACGCCGCUGGAAUGGGUAAUUUCAUUUCGAUUAACUGACGCAAAAUAAAGACAUUUACGACGACAAAUGAGCGUGCCAAGUUUUUCCUAAUUUAAUUAAAUAGUUUUUGAGUGUUUUAUAAGAAAAGCUAUUUUUUUUUAAAUAAAUUUUGACAUCCUGUAUCUUGAAAACGAAGUUGUAUUUGAAAAAAUACCUAAUUAAUAUGUCCUUAAAACCUUUGUACUGAAUAUAGACAAACUCCGUAUAAAUGUAGUCUUUAUUAAAUAUUAUUUAAUUAAAAUCGGUCUAAUUUUAGAAAAAAAAAUCGUUUUUUGUUUUUUAUUUUUUAUUAUUACCUUUUCGCUGAUUUGUGACUAAAGUGGGCGCCAUAGGGUCUUUAUGUUGUGCAAUUAGAAUGAAAUUAUUCAUUCCAGUGGUGUCCCUAAUUUUCUGUCUUUUUACUUUUUGUGUGCCUAAUUUCGUUGAAAAAAGAAUUGAAAUUCCUCCGAGGACCUGUACUAAUAGAGUUAAAAUUUACUUAAACUAAAGAACCAAUGGGAACUGGGACGUGACUAGAACGAGGACGCUAAGUUUUUGCAAAAUCUACUGCAAGGUUCUUGAGUAAUUAAAAAAAACGAUUUUUCUCUCAAUUUUGACGCCCUGUAUCUCGCAAAACUAAUCAAUUACAAAUCAGAUGGUAAAUGUGUCCUUAAAAUCUUUAUUGCCAAUUCCAAAAGGGAAGUUAUUUUUCAAAUUAAUUAAUGUUUUUAAAAUAAUUAAAAUAUUUUUUUAUAUUAAUUUCAUUAUUAUUAAUUUAUUCUUUCAUUUAUUAAUCGUAUUAAAAGGUUUUUUAAUAUUAAUUUAUAUUUAUAUAUUAAUUAAUUAAUAUGUAUAUAAUUAAUUAAAUUAUCUUUUAAUGUUAAUUAAUUAAAAUUUAAGUAUUAAUUAAAAUCAAUUUAUUUCUAUAUUUUAUAGAUGUUUCGCUAGAUACAGGAUGACGCAAUUUCGCCCAUGUUUAGGGCAAUUUCGACGCUUAUUUUUAAAACGUUUUCAUUCAGACGGGGUGUUGCGCAAUUGCUUGGCCAUAUACAAAAUAUAUUUAUUGUUAAAAUAAACCCUCUAUAUUGCGACGUCGUCAAAUUAUCGGGAAAAAUUAGACAAUACUUCUGUCACUCUCCAUCCGCGCCAUCUAUGCUAUCAAAAACGGAUCUUCACAUAGUCACAUGUUUUAUUAACGAGGCGCCUAAGUAAUUAUUUUCUUACCAAUUUGACCAAGUUUCAACUAAGUUGUCUCAAAUAUUUAAAUUGGUCAUGUAUUUGACUUAGUUGUCGCCCCUCUAUCGCUUUUAUCAACGUUUCCCUACGCCUAUGGAUUCAAGUUUCCCUUAAUAUUCGUUUUUAUUGUUUUAUUAUUAAUAUAAGGCAGAGGAAGUUAUUAAAAGCGCAAAAGACAGAGAAAAUUAUUAAUUAUUGGUAAGGAAUCAUGUUUUCUUUAAUAUUUUCUAUUUUUCCCCGACUAGGUGGCAACGUCGCAUUAAAAAUGGCAUGAACAUCGUAGUUGGAUCGUAAUAAGCACCAUAUCUAAUUGAAAAUAUUUUUAAAGUGUUUUUUUGUCGCAGGAUUUUUCGAAAUUGCGAUAAAUAACGUAACAACGUUAUUUAUCGUGAAUGACAGUCCCUACUUUUAAACGAAUAUAAUAAAACAUGUUGAGGUUUCGUCCACAAGUUUUGCAGUCUAUUCUUCGUUGCGCACUUUGAUUCUGGUUGAGAAAUUAAUUCUUAGUACUACUAAUGGCUUUCCUGCCCUCUGACGCAGGAAAGAAAACAGACGGAAAUUGUAAAGCGGGUAUGAUAGAAUUUUUCGGAAGCUUAUUUACGAUAUCGAUAGGUUUUUAAGAAUCACCCAAAAACGCUACAACAGUUACUCGUUAAUAAAAAAAAGUAUUUGUAUUAGCUUUAAUAAAAAGUAAACCCCGAACUUUUGUAAAUUAUCCCCUUCCGUAAAUUUAAACCGUUUUUUUUUGUAAUAUGUUAAUAUAUAAAGUAAGAAUGCCAUACUACUAUAUCAUUACGAGUGUCAUAUUGAGGGAACGCUAUAACGUGUACCAGUGAUUUUUUAAAAGUUAUAUUUCGUUGAUUCGUUGUAGACUUUCUAUAGAUUAUUGCAAAAAUAUCGUUAAACUAUAAAAAUACUAUGUAAAAAUUUUUAAGUAAUACAAUAUAAU